UAUAUAAACUAAAUAAAUACCCCUUCAUUUAAUUACCCCAGGGAGAUCACGGCAUCUUCUCUCUCGCUAUUUUCCCCCAAAUUCAUUAGGGAAGAUGGGGCUGUCCUUUGGUAAGCUUUUCAGCCGUCUGUUUGCGAAGAAAGAGAUGCGGAUUCUGAUGGUGGGUCUCGAUGCUGCGGGUAAGACUACCAUUCUGUACAAGUUGAAGCUGGGAGAAAUUGUCACGACCAUCCCUACUAUCGGAUUCAAUGUAGAGACAGUGGAGUACAAGAACAUCAGUUUCACUGUCUGGGAUGUUGGUGGUCAGGACAAGAUCCGUCCAUUAUGGAGACACUACUUCCAGAACACCCAGGGCCUCAUUUUCGUUGUUGACAGCAAUGACAGAGAUCGUGCUAUUGAGGCGAGAGAUGAACUUCACAGGAUGUUAAAUGAGGAUGAGCUGAGAGAUGCUGUUUUGCUUGUCUUUGCAAACAAACAAGAUCUUCCUAAUGCGAUGAAUGCAGCUGAAAUUACGGACAAGCUGGGGCUGCACUCUCUUCGCCAACGCCACUGGUACAUACAGAGUACAUGUGCCACAUCUGGAGAAGGGCUCUACGAGGGUCUCGAUUGGCUCUCAAACAACAUCGCUAACAAGGCUUAGUAGAUGUCCUGAGGAUGAUGAGUUUGGAGUUUCGUGCCAGAGUAGAAAGUUACCGCUUAGCUAAUUCGAUUUAUAAUAUAUGUGCUGUUUUCAAAUAUGCUUAUGAGUUCUGAAUUAUGGAGCUUGGAGUUUGAUGUAGUAUGCCCAGAAUAAAGUGGAACUUGUCAUUUCUCACUUUGCUUUUAGGUGGUGUUGCCAUUCUUUAUCUUUAUACUCUAAAAUCACAUUCAUCGAAUUUACCAGGUUACGUUCCGUUGAUUAAUUAUGUCGUGAUUUCUUGGCCUUA